AGCGCGUCGUCAACACCAACUUUCCAAUUUUCCAACAGAACAAGACCACCUUAACGGGACACUUCGCAAUGGCGGACGCGGCAAGAUCUCAGAUUACCCAAGGCGCUCUUAAUGCUAUUUUCAAUGACCCGGACAGGCUCCAGAGAGAUUUCCCAGUACCAGUAUGCCAAUGUGUCCAGGUAAAGACUCUUGCAUCAACGACGGAGGGCCAGCCGGAGCGCUAUCGACUUGUCUUGAGUGAUGUCAGCAACUUUGUACAGAGCAUGCUUGCAACUCAGGCCAAUCAUGUUGUGCAUGAUGGAAAGCUAAAGAAGGGAUGCUUUGUUCGACUCAAGUCUUACCAGGCGAAUGCUGUCAAAGGCAAGAAAAUUUUGAUCAUCCUAGAUAUCGAAGUCAUUGAAAGCCUUGGCGAAAUGGAGAAGAUCGGAGAGCCUGUUGCUCUGACAGACAAAGAAAUAGAAGAAGACGUCAAGCCGGCAAAUACAACCAUUGCAGGAGAUGGUUUCUACGGAAACAAGGUACACCAGCAACCAGCUGCACAAGACCGACCACUUCCAUCGCGUGGCGCCCCUACCAGUUCUUCGUCGCAUGCCACCAUAUAUCCUAUAGAAGGCCUCUCCCCGUAUGCACACAAGUGGACAAUCAAAGCCCGAGUCUCACACAAAUCUGAUAUCAGAACUUGGCACAAACCGAAUAGUGAGGGAAAGUUGUUCAGCGUGAACCUCCUUGAUGAAAGUGGCGAAAUUAAGGCAACGGGAUUCAACGAGCAGUGUGACCAAUUCUACGAGCUAUUCCAGGAAGGCUCGGUCUAUUACAUCUCCAAUCCAUGCCGAGUCCAACUCGCAAAGAAACAAUUCUCGAAUCUUCCAAAUGACUACGAACUCACGUUUGAGCGAGACACCGUGGUUGAGAAAUGUGAAGAUGCAACGGAAGUACCGCAAGUCCGAUACAACUUCACCAACAUCGGCGCGCUUCAGGAGAUUGAGAAAGACUCAACGAUUGAUAUAAUUGGAGUCUUGAAGGAUGUCGCCGAAGUUACUCAGAUUGUAUCGAAGACAACCCAAAAGCCUUUCGACAAGCGUGAGCUCACAUUGGUUGAUGAUAGUGGCUACUCCGUUAGACUCACAAUCUGGGGCAAGACAGCCACAGCUUUUGAUGCAAGCCCGGAGGCUAUCGUCGCAUUCAAGGGAACUAAGGUCGGCGAUUUUGGAGGUCGGAGUCUUAGCUUAUUGUCUUCUGGCUCUAUGGCAAUUGAUCCUGAUAUUCCAGAGGCUCAUAAGCUAAAGGGAUGGUAUGACUCUCAAGGAAGAAUGGACAGCUUUGCCUCCCACUCCAACAUGGCAGGUGCUGGAGCCGCAGGUGGACAAAAGGACCCGUUGAAAACUGUUGCCCAAGUCAAAGAAGAGCAGCUCGGAAUGUCAUUGGAAAAUCCCGACUAUUUCUCCACGAAAAGCACCAUUGUCCACAUCAAGCAGGAGACCUUCUCCUAUCCAGCAUGCUUAAGUGAGGGUUGCAACAAGAAAGUCACUGAUAUGGGAGACGGCACUUGGCGUUGCGAGAAGUGCGAUAUCAAUCAUCCAAGACCAGAACAUAGAUACAUCAUGCAAUUGAAUGUCAAUGACCACACUGGUCAGUUGUGGUUAAGCUGCUUCGACGACGUUGGACGUCUGGUCAUGGGCAUGACUGCCGAUCAACUCAUGGAAUUGAAGGAGAAUGAUACUGCGGCUAUGGAGACUGCUUUCGAAGAAGCUAACUGCAAGACGUUCACUUUCAAGAUCAGAGCAAAGACGGACAGUUUCCAAGAUCAGCAAAGAGUCCGAUACCAGGUCAUAGGUGCCAACCCAAUCAACUUCACUGUCGAAGCUCACAAGCUUGCGGAUCUCAUAAAGUUGUACAAUAUUGACUGAAGAGAUCAUUAACAAUUCUUUCUGAUUGUCAUUUGAUCAUCGUGGCGUGGGCCUGGAUGUGGUGUUCGAUGUUUCGCGCGAGUGACUCGGCUGACAUGGCUUUAUGCAGGAUGUAGGUUAUGGGCAGGAUGAGGGAUAUUUGCAUGAUGGAUGCCGUGUCUCAUUGAUAUGGCAUCGGCGUUCGUGGAUGUAGUUAUGGCAUGAAUAAAUGAAGUAAUUUUGACAGAAACG